AUGCCUCCAACAGAAGUCGCUUCCUUCCCCGCACCCGAGCGAGCUUUCCCUCGGCGAGUGGUCAAGAGGCGGGGAACCACUCGAGAGCGCACAGGAUGUUUAACCUGCCGGCAGAGAAAGAAGAGAUGCGACCUCGGCCAACCAGUAUGCAAAGGAUGUGUGCGAUUGAACUAUAUGUGUCGGUGGGAGGACCUUAGAACUUGCGCCGGCGAUAACGAUACAUCUGGAUCAGUUCAGCAGGUUGCUCAACCAGUGAAUGUCCCGUUUCAGCUCCUGCAGAAUCCCGAUCCAAUUUUAUUUUGGGUCGAUGAACAUUCUGAUUUUGCCAACCCGUCUAUAACUUGGAAAAUAAUUGUUUCUUAUCUGGUGGGUCUUGUGUGUUACAUCGCACUUUUCUACCCCGGUGGUGCUGAUCUCAUCCUGACAGUAUUCCUGCCCAUGGCUAUGCAUAGCCCGCCCCUUUUAACCUCGCUGAUUGCUUGGUCCUCUUCACAUUUGUCAUUACGUGACACAUCGUUCCAGCAGGUUGCUAUGCAGAACCGGUGCGCCGCUCUCCGGGACCUCCGAAGCGCCAUCAAUUCCGAUCCGGCCAAUAUGGAGAUCACCCUGGCCAUGUCAUUGGUCUUGUGCUCGUUGGAGAGCAUAAUGGCCGAUAAUGGCCAUGCUUGGUAUCUCCAUCUGGUGGGCGCUGCUGAAAUCAUUAACUCUAAACUGAAUACUCUGGAGUCAUCGGGAGACUCAGAACAGGCUUCCAGACGCAUGCUACAGCAGUUCGAAGAUGCGUAUGCGGGCCGCUGGCUUCUUCGCAACUUUGCAUAUCGCGAUAUUAUAAUGUCCGUUGCACGGGACCGGGCGCCAUUGCUGAAAUCUUAUCACUUUCUACGACUAGAAGAGCCCCAUCUGCCUGAUUCGCAUUUUGGGCUUGCGUCGGAGAUCUUGGAGAUUCUCUCCGUUACCAGUACACUAAAGGAGGAAAUAAAAACUUUGUUCUCUGAAUCUGAAACAGAGGGUGAAUUUGGACUGGGUGGACUCGAUGAUGCCCAAAGAUCUAUUCGAAUAUCCGAAUUUAUGGCCACUCUUGCCUCGCUCGAGUCUCACCUUAUCGACUGGACAUGCCCUUCAUCUCCCGAUAUGUUUUUAAGACUAUUGGCCGAGUCCUAUCGUAGCUCGGCUUUGAUUUAUUUGUAUCGUGUCAUGCUUCGGGCAUGUCCGGAUCGUCAGGACGAGCUUUUAGCAAUGACAACUGGUCAGGUUGCAGCAAUUGUGAGUAGUGUUGAACAGAUACCGACGCGCAGUCUACCGGAGUGCACACUGCUCUUCCCUCUUUUCUUAGCAGGAGGAGAAGCCACUCAGGAAUCACAUAUCAAGCCCAUUCGAAACCGAAUGCUUGACAUGAUUCGGUCGCGGGGUUUCCGUAAUGUGGAAGUAGCACUAUCUGUUUUGGAAAAGCUUUGGCGGUUGAGAAUCGUACGGAAAUUGACGGACACCUCCGUGCGAAUUGACUGGCUUCAUAUUGUACAGCAAGAUGAGAUCCACCUUUCCUUAUCAUAA